AUGGCUGAUCAAAACCUUCCCGAGAUGUCGCCUUCCGACGUGAACUUCAUGUGUCACGUCUUCAUGCACAUGACCGAAAAGCCCGUCAUCGAUUGGGACAGCUUCGCGGAGGCCGCUGGCUUCAAGAGUGCGGGUACCCGCUGGGGACAGAUCAAGCGCAAGUUCACCCCGGGUGACCAGGCCACCCCCAAGAAGAAGAAGACCGCCCGGGCUUCUGUCAGCACUCCCGCUUCUGAUUCCAAGGUCAAGAAGCCUACUGGACGCGUUGGUGCCAAGGGAAAGAAGACUGCCAAGGACGAUCAGGAAGAGGAUGAGGCCGAUGACGACAAGGCUAUCAUCAAGGCCGAGGAAGAGCCUCUCGACAUCUAA